GGUCGUAGCGGUAAGUCCAAUUAAUUUCUAUAAUUUUCCAAUUAAGACAGAGUUAUCAACAGAAAAUAUCUGCAUUUUCUAAAAAUGCAAUGUCUUGGAUCAGAAGCAAAAUCAUCCCCGUGACAUCGUGGGUUCCUCAAGUAACUCAAGUGCGUUUUCGGUAUUUUGAGGAGAGUAGAGCAAAAGGACCACUCGUCAGAAGAUUCGGAUAUUCAGAUCCAAUUAAUAUCCGUGGAUUACUCCCCCGCGAAGAUGAACGUAGAAUUCGUCAACUGCCAAUUUACCGGCCAAAGGACCGCUGGUCCGUAAGACGUGCACUUUUUGGUCAGAACGAUUAUGUCGAUAUUCUUGGGGACGACAGUCUCAAUCCAACGAGAAUCCAAUAUAUCACCCCUUCCUGGUUGCGUGGAGUAAAGGGCAACGAAAUGCAGCUUCUCAUACGAAAGAAGAAAAUAUUUUCGAAAGGUAUCUUCCCUAUUUCAAAUCCAACUAGAUGGAACGACAUUAACAAGCAGAUUAAAUUUUUGUACAAAUUCUUGAACCGUAAAACUAAAACUUUUAUUAAAAUGCAUUAAAUUUUGUUAAGUCAUUAAAGAAAUAUCUGUUGAUUCAUUUC